CACCGGAGUGUCAUCAUUAUUAUUCUUUUUGGCCAGUGAUCAGUGAUCCCCCGGGAGGUGCGUGUCCCUGCCCGCUCCAAUCUGAGGAAAGCCCGCACGCAUGCACAGACGGACGGGGGAAAAGGGACCCUCCCUAACAACCAGUGUGUGUGUUUGUGCGUGCCACUCUCCGAGGUGUCACGCACUCAAGCUAGUCCGUCAGUCGAGGUCGGUGGUCCGGAUCCCAGGCUGGGCCUCAUCGAUCGUCGUCCCCCAGGCCCAGACAGGCCUGGGCCCCGCUAAUCACUCCCCACCUAUACCUUCCUACCUGUCUGGCAUUGGAUUGGCCGUGCAUGGGCCCUGCCUCAACCCCGGGGUUCAAAACUUCAGAUUGUGGGUGAUCCGUCAAGAUGGUGAGAAUGAUAUCGGUCCACCAUUUCUCGAAGCAAGACACGUCGGAGUGCCCCGCUCCGAGUGCCAUGGUCAUGGCGGGAUCGACGACCCUGGUGUUGGCCACGGACUUGCAGGUCUUGGAGGUCAGAGAUUUGGAGGCACACUCGAGAGUGACCCACUCUUUCCAAACGAUAGAUAGGGUUCACGAUAUCCUCCAUUGUCCAGUGGGUAACUACUUGGCCACACUGGAGGGGUUCCCCGGUGAUCCAGGGGCGAGUGUCCGAGUCUACCUGAAUUGGCACGACCUCAAAGUGAAUAACGCACCGAUCAAGCCUCGCAUUGCCUCGCACGUGACUCCCAGCUCCCAGAACAAUGGCCCCGUGUUUGUAGAUAUGAUCGAAUUCCCCCAAAGGGAUUGUCCCCAUCAGAUCGCCGUGUGUUCAAGCACCGGGAACUUGAUCGUGGGGGCUGCCAAUCUCUUGAUCGUCUACAAGUUUGUCACCAAAGUUCACGAGGUCACCAAGUCGUCUUUUGUGGAUUUCCACGAGUGUUUCCACGUGUUCCAUAAUUUUGUGCCCAAGGAGAUCGGUCUCUGCGAAGAUGUGAUCGCGUGCUUGUCAGCCAAUGAGAUCCACGUGUUCAAGGUGAAGAUUUCCGACACCACCGCCACUCACAGCAAUGGUUCUUCGUCGUUGGACGACGAACGGAACCUACGAAGCAUCAGUGUGUAUAGCUUCACGUCCGAUUCGGAGCCUAAUAGUAUGCUUCUGGAAGGUGUGGCUCGACGAAGUUCCAUCAGUGGGGAUGAUACGGAUUCGGAACGGGAUGGAUCCGUUAGUUUUUGUAAGUCAGGCUCCAAGAUCAAGAAUAUCACGCAAGCCAGGCAACAGGAUUCGGAGAAUGGCGAGGCGCAUCUAGAAGGAUACGUGGGGAACGUCAAACUCCACCCUAAUCAUAGAUUCUUCAACGAUCCCAAUUUGUCCAUGAUCCACAUUCCAGAGAUUGAAGCAGCUAACCGUGAAAACAACUCUUUGAUCAAUGCACCCAAAAUCCUAGAGGAGACUCUGGGUCCUUGUUCCGCACCAGCAGACCGCCCCACCACUAUCAAGUACAUCCACCACCACGUUGAUCCAGGAGCCAGAGGGGGCGACUUUGAGGCCGAAUGUGUCACUCUAGUCCAUUGCAGAUUGACCAAGUCGGAAGAAGGCCAUGACCAAUUCAAGAAUCUAAACAUCAAGCCCGUCUUUUGGCGCGAAUAUCGAGUGAGAAAGUCAAUGGGCGCCACGGCCUCCAUUCCAACCUCUAGCAAUGGUUCUAGCCUAGGACCCUCGUUCAACGUGAUUCAACAUCCUUUACAGUCCAUGUUCCACGUCCAUCUGAUGUCCAUUACCACAUGUUUCACGUCUCAAAAUGAAGGGUACCUGUAUCAUGUGCCUGGUCAUCUAAGAAAACCUGGAAAGGGUUGUGGAAUCCAACGAAUCGCCACUUAUCCAUUCACAAGUCCCGUGGGGCAGAUUGUGCUUGAACCAACCUUGCUUCACGCCCUAACUGACGCUGGCUUGGAGACAUUCACGCUCCGAUCAGGGUAUCAUACUGUUCUAGAGGCCGAGAACGUCAACAACAAGACCUGUGCCUGUCCAUUGACCGAUGACAACCCAAUUUGUUUGGUUGGUCUGAGACCCUUUAUUGGGGCAAAGUUGUUGAAGGUGUCCGACUCGAGAUUGGUCAUUCUGGCACGAAAUGACGGGAGUGCAGGAUUGGCCACAUCUCCCUUGAGUCUGAGGGCUCCCACUCAAAUGGGCGAGGAGGUAGCACGCACCAAUAAGAGCCAAGAUAAUCACCUCAAAUGGACUCUGUAUUCCCUAACCUUACCUAGUCAUGCUGGCUUCCACCAGGACUUGAUGCAAUUGGCCAAUAUGAACAAGACCAUAAGCCCGCAAGGCUACUUUCAAUUGCUCUCUGAGGGCCAUAUCGCUUUGAGGGCCUCAUUGCAUCACCUUUCUUGGGCCCUAGCCACUUCAAAGAACCUCAAAAGUGUCCAAGACAAGCUGACUCAAACCAAAGAAAACUACGAAACGAGUUGCAUGGAACUGGCCGACUACUAUUUGACGAGUGAGGAUGAGCAAGAAUGGAAGCAAGCCUUGCCUUACUACAGAAUGUCCGGGAAGAACAUGGUUGAAAUUCUCGACCACGUGAAGAAAACAUUCCCCGACGAAGAAAACUCACCAUUAAGGCCUGGGGUGGUUCAUUACGUAACCGAGGUAGUAUUGCGACCCACCAAAACUGAACGAGAUCUGGAUGCCAAUUUGGCGGAUGUGGUCAUCGAGUUGCUGGGCAAGGGAUCAUUAGAAACCUUGGCCCAUAUAGUCCUGAAGUCUCCCACUUUUCGAGGUUUCAAAACAAUGAAGAUCUUCAAAUUCUUUCAAGAGGCCUUUAAGCAAGACGUACUGGGAGCUGAACACAAUGCCAAGUUGGUUCUGGCAUUUGCCGUGCUCAGUGUGGACAUGAACCAAACUCAAGCCAUCCAUGAUAUCCUGCUUCAAAGUCGACAUUCCAUUGCCGUUGCACUCUCGGAUAUUCUGAUCGAGAACCAAGAAAUGCUCUUGGACACUUCCAGCGGUUCAGAGGGUAUGGUGGAUAACUUCUCCGAUCUGGCCUUGCUCAUUCGAGACACGUGUCCAGAAAUGUUCAUGGAGGUCCUCGUGAGCCUCAUCAAAGGCCGAGUGUUCACCUUGUCCACGAUCCUUCAACUAUUCAUUGGCUCAUUCGUGUCCAUGUCUAAUAUAGUGGGGGAGGCCACACAGAAUACUGCCAUGCUUCAGCUUUUCCUCGAGACCUACUUCACCGAAGAACUGGGCGAUCUUGAACGCAUCCAAUUGGACAUUGAACAGGAGCAAGCCGUUCAGACCCUCAUUCGCUCCUAUCUAACUAGCCUCUCCGUGCCUGUCAGGUUUGGCGACAAGAAUAUCGACACCGACAUGUUCGGCAAUCGAAUGGAGUUCUUGGACAAACUGCCGCCAUUUAAAGACGACGGCUCCAGCGCCAAAGAGAGCCUAGAGGAGGUGGAUUCUCCCGAGUUUUGGUGUCAGAACAGUUUGCUCAAGCUUCAAUCCAUCCUCUGCUGUGCAUCCUUGGCCUUACCAUCAUGCAAGAGAACUGUCCUCAGUUUCUUGGAGAUGUACCCGAAGAUUGUGGGCGCCAACGCCCUCCGGAUUUUGAGCUCCGAUUCGAGCACGGCCAUCCCUAUUUUGGCCAAGGAUCAUCCCGGUAUCGUUUUGCCUUAUUCCAAAGAGGUCACACUGAGCCUGGAGGAUUGGCAGCUUGUCCUUCAGUGUCUCCAAGAUCAGCUCAAUUCCGAUGUGGACCACCCAAUGCACGAAGGCUGGUAUUCAGCCAUGCAAGAGGUCUUGGAUCACUUGGCGCAGACGCUCACCUUGGAUGAUUUCCUCCACAUCCUCCCUGGAGGGCCACACGCCAAUGAGGAGUUUCAGGGGUUCAUCCAAAUGUGCGGCAAGAACCAGCAAGCCAACGAGAUCCAGAACCUCAUCGUGGCCACAGGACAUAAGCUCCUGUCUACUUUGACCUUGUAAAAGAAAACCCCGACCACGGCACAACCAUGAGCAACACCUUUAGAUAUUAUUUGCACCAAAUAAAAAUAUAACACGAGAAUAUUUUACAUGACAACUUA